AUGGUUUCUCGAUUAUUUCUUCGAUCAUCAACAGCUACAGGUAUUUCUUUUACCACAUUUCAACUUAUUGGUACCUUCAUCCAAAAUCAGUUUCGAAAGUUUCAGCUGGAUAUAAUGGAGUCAGCGAUGAUUUCAUUGGUCAUUCCAACAUCUGAAUCAUCCACAUCGUUUUCUCGCAAUAUGGAAGAAAUGGCAAAAUAUUACUUUAAUAUUGGUGGGAAAUUGUUUCGGCCAACUGUUUCCUUGUUGAUGGCCCGGGCUUGCAAUCAGGCUUUUUAUUUUAUUUUUUGCUCAAUUUCAAGAAAAGUUUUGAAAAUUCUUCAAAAUAUGCCUACUGUUGAGUUAGGUCGUGAAACAGUAACAUUGAAUCAAUACAGGAUAGCUUUAAUAUCUGAAAUGAUUCAUACGGCUUCAUUAGUUCAUGACGAUGUUAUUGAUAAAGCUGAUAUGCGCCGGGGUAAACCUACUGUGAAUGCAUUGUGGGGAAAUAAAAUGGCGGUUCUGGUUGGUGAUUUUAUACUGGCACGCGCAACACAAGUUUUAUGUAGUAUUGGCAGGUCGAAUGUAAUUUCUGUGAUGUCAACAAUCAUCGAAGAUCUUGUAAGAGGAGAAUUCAUGCAAAUGAUAGGAAAUGAUGAGUUGGAUGCAGCUAAGCGAUUUGAUAAAUACAUGGCUGCGAAUUACUCGAAAACUGCCUCGCUAUUCGCAAAUAGUUGCAAGUCUGUAGCUAUUUUAGCAGAUGUUCAAGAGUCGAUUUCAUUGGCUGCCUUUAAUUAUGGUCGUUCACUGGGUCUUGCUUUUCAACUAGUCGAUGAUCUUCUUGAUUUCAUAUCAACGCCAGAUACUGCCGGAAAACAAACUGCCGCCGAUCUCAAAUCAGGAAUAGCUACGGCUCCGAUACUGUUUGCAGCUGAAGAAUAUCCUCAAUUAAAUCUGUUUAUAUCGAGACAGUUCAGUGAACAAAAUGAUGUCAAUCAAGCACGAGAAAUUGUUGGAAAUAGCUAUGGUCUACAGAAAACUCGAAAAUUGGCUCAAAAUUACGCUUACGAUGCCAUUAAAGCUAUUAAUGAAUUCCCGAACAAUGAUGGUAUCAGAGACUAUUUAGUGCAGUUGGCUUUAAAUCAAAUUGAAAGGAAAAGCUAA